GUCAGAGCUUGCGUGUUUAGGAUCAGUUAUUCAUAAUCGUCUGCUAGAGAAAGGUCAACGAGACAACAUGGUAUUCAUCAAGGUCUUGUUAGUAGCAGCGAUUUGCAUUUACCAAGGUGCGGCGAAGUGUGCUUACGAGGACCAGAUCGAGUGCAGGACGAGUAAUAAAUGUGUGGGGUUAAGCAGCCUCUGCAACGGAAGGGGCAACUGCGGCGACAGAUCCGAUGAGGAAGAAAGCUUCUGCUACAUUUGGCGCCAGGCAUUAUGCGUAGAACCUGGAUCAUUAUAUUGCAGAACAGGGAAGACGUUGACCUGCUUGCCCAUCAAUGAAUACUGCAAUAAGUCCUACCCUCCUUGCGAUGAUAAAGACGAGCGCUUGUGCCAGAUGUUCAAGGAUGGAAAACUUACACCUUAUGAUGAGAUCGUGGUACAGACGAAUGUGAUUUUAGCCGAAAUUUCGGGUGAAGAGUUCCUUGAAAAGUUCAACGUUACAAUUGAACACCCCGAUUGUCCUCACCUGUACACACGUGUUGGCGACCACUGCUUGUCAUUCCUUUACUUUGGAUUGGUCAAUUGGGGAGAAGCUCGCUCUUUCUGCAAGAUGAAUGGUGGUGACCUUUUGACCUUUCAAGAUGGCGUCGGGAUCUUCUACGAAAUCGUCCGCCAUCUCCGCGAGCACAAGAUCACCUCGGACUUCUGGGUUGGGGGAGCCAUAAGGAACGAGACAUGGACAUGGGUGGACGGUAACCCCAUUGAGCUGGGAACCCCCUACUGGUCCCUCAGAACGAACCCUGAUUGCCAGCAUCUCAACCAGACCGUUAUUUACGAGAAGUCUUGUAAUCAGUACCUGCAACGACCUUUGACUCCCGUCGUAGGCAUGUGCGCCGCCCUUACUUUCGAAAACUUCUUCUACAUGAGCGACGAAGACUGCCUAACGAAGAAGAGCCCUCUGUGCGUCGCAGGAAAAGAACCUACUGUGAAGGUGUGAGGCGGUCUCAAGCAUUCCUGGUCUUCCAUGAAGUACUUUUUACUUUGCGUUUUUAAUGUUGUUAUCCAUUUCGUUUCCUGGCAUUGGCGACCGGGUUGCGAAUAGAAGCAGGUUCAUGUUGCGAUGCUGCAUUUGUGACUGAUAGUUAUAUCAGCCGACUUCAAUAAGAAAUUUUUAAUAAUUCCUUUCAUAACUGCGUGCGGAACACACACACACACACACGUGCGUAUAUGUGUGUGUGUGUAUGUGUGUAUAUUCACAUACAUACAUACAUACAAACACACACACACACACACACACACAUACACACACACACACACAUACAUAUAUAUAUAUAUAUAUAUAUAUAUAUAUAUAUAUAUAUAUAUAUAUAUAUAUAUAUAUAUAUAUAUAUGUGUGUGUGUGUGUGCUCUUACACAAAUAAAAGACAAAUGAAUGUUUAUAAAACAUAAAUGACUCAUUGUUAGAGCUGCUACACACAGCAUUAUGACACAUUAUUGUGAAGAAAGGGGUAAAAAUGACUUAACGAAUAGAAUAAGUACAGAAAAGGAUACGGAUGAACAAGAAAUGGAAAAGAAACGGAGAAGUAAACACCCUGCAAAAUUACCUGAGGCGAGAGCUUGAGUCCAAGGCAGGGGUGAUCCCCUACACUGGGCCUCAGUCUCCGCCUUCUAAGCCCCCCCCCCCCCCCGGCAGCAACAAGCAAGCAGUAUCGUACGUACAACACUUUUUUUUCUAUUGACUGGGUCUCGUUUGGUGUUUGACUAAUUCGAUAUUUCUUUUUUCCUUCUUCUUCGUCUUUUUCUUGUGUGUACAUCUCCGCACCUAUAUGCGUGGCAUGUCUAAACUUAGGCAUGGCAAUUAGAAUGACCAUAAUGAAAUUAGAAUAAUAAUCAUAGAAUUGCUCCUGCUGUUGUUGUAUCACUAUCAUGACUAACAUCAUUAUUACUAUUAUUAACAAAUAUUAGCAUUAGUACUGUUUUUUCAUCAUUGAUCAAAAUGGCAUAAUAAAACUAAAGGUAUAAACAUCACAAAGCAAUAAAAAUGAGAUUGAUAAGGACAGCACUGCUAACAUUAAUCAAUAACAAUAAACAUAAAUACAAACUAUAUUUAACACUUUAAUGUUGCAAUAUUAUUUGCAACAUAUUGUCGUGUUUAUUUAAGUUUACGCUUACUUAUUCUUCUAUACCCUUGUGCAUGAAAGAAAAAGUAAAAGUACGUCAUUUUCAAGAAUAACUUAAUAAGACUGUU